GAUUGUUCAUCCUUUUGUGUAGGCUGGUCUCGACUUGCAUGCAGGUAGCAUGUGCAGUCAUUCCAGCGCAUGCUGUCAGGAAAUCAGUGUGUUUUACACUACCUACUGAUUGCGUGCAUCUGGCGUACCAGCAGCGUGAGUCAGUCCAGGCUUGCAAUUGCUUGUGCAUGCAACUAGAGCUGAUGAUGUACAGGAUUCUUUCAUAGAUCACGUCCGAGACGCAGAAGUUGUCACCCGACGAAUCAGGAUGUCAGAAGAUGCGCAGAGCUGAGGUGGUGAAUUCGCUCCUCUUUUUGAUGAGUUGGACGUGCUGUAGAAGUUAGCUAUGCUUGCAGCGAUCGACUUGCACUUAUUUCUGAAGCCGUAGGAACACCUGUAGCUUCAGGCCGGACGUCGAGAGUGUACACUUUUGUCCGCAGCACUUGCAGAACUGAAAUUCAAGAAAACGAGCAAGCAAGCUAUUGGAGCGAAGAAAGGAACGCAGAGAAAAGAAGAAGGGUGAUAUCAGUUCAAAGGCCAGAGACUGCGACACGGGUUUGAUUCCGGCGGAACCAGCACCGGGACGGAAUGGACGGAUGCACGAUACAGCUGCUUUUGCCGGAGAACGUCUCUGGGGAUGACAACGUGGCGCUCGGCGGAUACAGCCCACUUUCCGUCUUUCGCGGGAAGCCCUGUCUAGGGAGGGAGGACAUCACAUUUGCGGUGCUUGGGGUCAAGUACCGCUUCCAGGCCAAGCGGGAGUUGGAGGAGUUUGCGCAGGAUACCGGGCGGUACAUACCGGCCUUCGGCGGUUGGUGCGCGUGGCACAUGUACCAGAACGUUAAGAUGGUGCCCGAGUACGCCCACUCCACGAAGGGCGAGGGCGGCGUGCUGCUGCUUUUCCACGCGGAUGCUGACGUCAACUGCCUGCUGCUCUGGGACGAGAUGGCCGCCAAAAUCGGAGAGGGGAAAAUGAUGGAACAGGCGGAACGGAAUUGGCAGGGGUUUAGAAAACUGGCCGGUUCGGUGCCCCGGGAGGACGUCACCGACGAAAACGGCGACGGAAAAGCUGGGGGUUAACCGGCUUUUUUGGGGGUUGCCAGACUGGUUCGAGCCCGCAUCGAAUGACGUAGAUAACCGUCAGCGCGACGCUACGUCAACUUGGUUUGAACACCAGUUCAUCAAACCCUGUACUGGUUUUGAUGCUUCAAAACCAUUGCAUCAAAAUGCGUGAGAGUUAGUGACUUGACGCAUAGAUGAGUUUGCAUCCGAUACAUCGGAUUAACGUCGAAAAGAAAAAAGCCAGUUUCUAGCGCGCUUGUAACGUACUCUCGUGCCCGCCGUCGGCUAGCGGUCGGUUGGGUUGCAGCAUAGACUGACUCGAUCGUAAUCGGAGUUUUAGGCGGGUGUUCAUACUCUUGAUGCACACCGUUUCGUAACUGUGUACUUUACUCGGUGAAUUACAUAGAUGAUUUGAGCGGAGUUGUUGUGGACUUGUCGUGUGGUGUGCGCGGCAGCGCAGAACGUACUGACCCGUAGUGGCACGACCUUCUUAUACACUACGUUUCUGUACACAAUGUUUUUACUUCCCAAAACCUGGCUAAUAUGGUUUGAUUAGAACCCCA